CCCAAAAUCCCAUCUUCCACAGACCCUGCAUUCACUAUAUCUGGUUUCCCUGGGACCCUGCAUUCACUAUAUCUGGUCUCUCUGGACCCUACAUUCACUAUAUCUGGUCUCCCCUUACCCUGCAUUCACUAUAUCUGGUCUCCCCGGACCCUGCAUUCACUAUAUCUGGUCUCCCUGGACCCUGCAUUCACUAUAUCUGGUCUUCUUGGACCCUGCAUUCACUAUAUCUGGUCUCCCUGGACCCUGCAUUCACUAUAUCUGGUCUCCCCGAACCCUGCAUUCACUAUAUCUGGUCUCCCGGACCCUGCAUUCACUAUAUCUGGUCUCCCCGGACCCUGCAUUCACUAUAUCUGGUCUCCCUGGACCCUGCAUUCACUAUAUCUGGUCUCCCUGGACCCUGCACUCACUAUAUCUGGUCUACCUGGACCCUGCAUUCACUAU